AUGAAUGGACUUACCAUAUUGCUCACUAAGCUUUUUUAAUGACAGAAUUACGUUUUCUGGGAGAACUUACGUAUUAGUAUGCUGACAUAGGAUUAACUGAUCACCAGCAUGAUGGCAGAUGAUGGUCAUCGGUCGGCAGCUUGGGAAGAUCAAGGAGGUAUACUGACCAAUGGAUCACCAAGCAGUGAACUGAUACCACCUAGUGAAGUGCUUGGUGCAAGUAAAGCCAAUGACAAAUCGCCGUCGUUGGAAGUGGAUGAUAACAACGAUGAGAGUUUGGACUAUAGCGACGGCGAUGACGGAAACACACAAGGCAACUAUGAGCUCAAUAGUGAUAGAGACAGUGCUGGGGAUAGCGUGAGUGAAUCAGGAAGCUACUCGCCUAAUGCUGAUCAGCUACAAGAAGAUCACUCAGUGCUAGAAGAAGGCACGUACCGACCGCUGUCUGCGGAGCUGGACGAUAACGUGGACGGUCCGCAAAACGCCGGUCAACAGAACAACGGUCAAGAUGACCAACAGAACCAGAAUCCAAUCGUAGAGGACUUGAUCGACCACGCCGAGCACGACAUGUGUGACGACAGUGAAAGCGAUCUCGGAAGCUACCACAUCAACUCAGAGGACGGAGCCGACGAUAGUCUUGAAGACAACGGGAGUAGUGGAGGAGAAUAUGACAUGAGUAGCACCGGGGAGGCUUCUGAUGAAGACGCUGAUGAGUUCAGCGGGGUGGAGUUACUGAGGGUCAAGUAUAACUUGAGACAAGAUAACCCUGUCUUACCAGACACUGUGACUGUACUGAGGACGGAAGAUGGGGGCAAGGUGUACGUCGUGGGUACGGCACACUUCAGUGAGCAGAGCCAGCAAGACGUGGCAGAGUUAAUCCAGGCAGUCCAGCCAGACAUAGUCAUGGUUGAACUGUGUAAAGGUCGUCUUAGUAUCUUACAGCUUGAUGAGGAAACAUUACUGGAAGAAGCUAAGGAUCUCAACAUGGAGAAACUAAGAGUGUCUAUAAAGCAGCACGGACUUAUCGGUGGCGUGAUGCAGGUCUUACUAUUGCACAUGUCAGCUCAUCUGACCAAGGAGCUAGGCAUGGCACCUGGCGGUGAAUUCAGGAAGGCGUUUCAAGAGGCCCAGAAAGUUCCAGGAUGCAAGGUACAUCUAGGCGAUAGACCCAUUCAGAUCACACUGAACAGAGCCAUGGGAGCAUUGACAAUAGUCCAGAAGUUACGUCUGGCUUGGUGCCUGCUGACCAGUAAAGACCCUAUCACCCCCGAGGAUGUUGAACGCUUCAAGCAGAAGGAUCUCUUGAUGGAACUUCUUGAGGAGAUGAUGGGUGAAUUCCCCACGUUGAGUCAAGUCUUUGUGUCUGAGAGGGACAUGUACCUGGCCAACUCACUCAGAAUGUGUGCUGCAUCACUGAGAUAUCCGAUACAAGAUGAAGUCGUGCUUCGCCCGGUUGUUGUAGGUGUGGUUGGAAUCGGUCACAUGCCAGGUAUCGCCAGCCACUGGGAGAAACCGGCAAGUCUGGAAGACAUGCAAGAACUUACCAGAGUUCCUGCACCCUCUCUGGCUGGGCGUGUCUUUCGUUGGAGCUUGAGGGCGUCGGUUCUAGGCAUGGUCGCUUGGGGCUGCUACAAGUGCAUCAGAUGGACUGGUAUUGCUGAUGACUACUGGUAGAACACCCAUCUACAUUCCUGCAUAUUUGAGGUCAUCUUGGUGGCAAAGCCAUAAGAAGGGAUCUCUUUUUAAAGGAUUAUGAAUUUAAAAAAAAGAUUGUUGGUGCCAAAACAAAUUAGUAAUGUUGCUUGUUGGGGAGCAGCAGAGACAUUCUGACUUUUUCAAGCCCAACGGUUUAUACCAUGUGCUCACAUUUUAAGGCAGUUUUACAGUGUGGUACUAAUACCAUAAUGGAACUAAUACCAUAACAGCAGUAAAACCAGUGUGGUCAUGGCAUAUGAAUUGAUCCCACCCUAGGUGACAGUAAUUUUUUAAAAAUUAACCAAUGAGAUCACAUUUCUAGGUAAUAAAUAUUUAUGAAGCAUUGUAAAAAGCAAGUGGCUUCAGGCUGCGUCAAAAAUCGCAUAAAAUAUUACAUUUACGAUGCAUGAUUAUUUCUCUUCAGUAUUUUUGUUUCUAUUUUUGAAAUGGAAUCAAAAUUUCCUGACUUAAUUUUGACAGUUAACCUUGACUAUUUAAAUGGAUGUGCAUGCUAAAAAUACUUUUAUGACUUUCCGCAAUGAGUUUAUUUAAAUAUUCGCACUCGUAUUAAUUAAAGAAAAUUAUCCUUUUUGUUCAAAUUUAAUCUGAUCCUUAGAAAUGGGUUAGAAGUAGCUUAAAUAAUAAUAAUAAUAAUAAUUACGUGGUGCUUAUAUAGCGCUUUACAUACUUAUAUCAAAGGUCUCAUAGCACUUCACAAUUAUUACCCCUGAUCAUCAGGCCAUGAGACUAGUUUUCUGGAGCAGUUCGAUAUCAGCUCGAGAUCAGCUCAUUCUGGUUGCUUCCUUUACAGGUACCCAUUUAUACUCCUGGGUGGAAAGAGGCAAUUGUUGUAAAGUGUCUUGCCCAAGAGCACAAGCACCAUGUUCCCAUCAAGGUUCCAACCCACGUACCAUGGCACGCGAGUCAAACACCGUAACCAUUGGACCACAGCGCUCCAUACAUAAUGCAUUGAGAUUUGCGUUUAACGUGGGGCAUUGCAGGUUUUCAACUCAAAUUGUCAAAUUGAGUACAAUUCAGUUUCUAUUUUGAGUUGAUAUGUCGGCUGGUCAUCUCCAAGGGUGCCAUUGGGCAUAUUCAAAAUCCCGUUCUCGUGUUGAAUGAACACGAGAACCAACACACAACAGGAUGUUCCCUCUCCACUUAUUGGGGAGUAGAUGAGGACCGUCAAGAACAAAGAUGGCGGACUUACAAAAUGUAGGCCCCUACUGCCACUUGCGUUAAUCAACUUGAAAGCACUCACCCAAUGCAGGAGCUGUUUAAAUGAUAAAAAAUAAAACUGCACGUAAUCAUAGAGUGGGCUUGUCAUAGCUAAAUUGUAUAGCUGUUUUGGGAUUUAAAUUGUGUUCGUAAUAUAAUUUAUUUUAGUUUCAUUUAAUACAGAGUUUUAUACGGCGCUGCUAUCUUGGGUUUUCGCCCAGCAGCACUCCAUACACACUUGAACGUUUGUGAUCGGCAACUCAAGAACACUGUCCGCGGGUCCCUCGAGAACACGGAGGGUUUUGAAUACUUGCAGCAUGCAAGGAGUUAACUAUUUCUGCCUCUGUCCAGUUUGAAGAAGUAGAAAGAAAAAAAAAUCAGUGUACAUGUAAACUGAAAAUGUACUUGAUCAUAUUCUUAUAAUUAUUUCUUUUGAUUUUUAAGGUGAUAGCUUGGGAGUAAAUAAAUUAUUUUUGAGGUA